GCAUGUUCGCUGAUUGGAACACAGCCGCAUCUGUGUAGGGCACGCCGAGAGAAGCAGCGAUGGACGAAGACACCACAGCGGGUCAUUCAAGCUGGAUAAAACAGCAUCCUGUGUACCAAGACCUGAUGAAUCUGGAUGUGGGUGACGGUGCUCAAGUUUACGCAGCAUUCCUGGUUUACCUGAACCUGACAGAAGUUCGUGGCUGGGAGCAUGUGGUGGGAGUAGCUUGCCCGGAGCUGCAGGCGGUCCUGCUGGAACACCGUGAGAAGGAAGGAGAAGUGGUUCAAGUGGUCUAUCCACUGCCUGCACAUAGAACGGUCAGCCACAAAGAUUUGAGGUGUAUACUGGACAGAGGGUGCCCCAUGCUGCUGUGCGCGGUCGCCUCAGACUCCACUCUGGUGUAUCAGCGGCUGUGCGAUGGCCUGUUGAAACCUGACCCACCGGUGGACAUCCAGGACCAGGGCCGUCGACAGCACCGCAAGAGAAGACUCCAAACGUGAGGAGAACCGAAACGGACACUGAGACUUUGCUAUAAAGGGCUACUUUCCUCACAGCUUCUGUGAAGCCUGACUGAAUUACGUGUGCAGACGAGGGUCAGUGGUCACUACCACAUUUCUAGCCGCUGCCUCUGCCGUGCUGUUCACUGUUGACUUGCCAUGUUGAGCAACAGGGCUGCACGAUAUGGACUGAAUACUAGCAUUGCAAUUAUACCUGUACAUAGCGCGACUGUGAUACACCUUACGAUAUAUUAAAGAUCCACU